AGGGUCAAGAGCAAAGACACCGGGAGAAGAUAAGUGCUAGUCCCAUCUCCUCAGAUCGAAGGAGGCCUUGGGCAGGGAUUUGCACUGAGUGACAACCUUUCAGGAAGCAAGGAAGAGAAAGAGAAAGGAAAAAAAAACAAAAAACAAAACCAGAGACCGAGCCAGGACUCUCAGGGACCACGAAGCUCGACAGUUAAUCGAGAGCACCGAGAUUUUAAGUCAAAGAACCCAGUCCUAGGACACUCGCUCUGCCUGUCUACCAUCGAAGGUAUAUGGAACUGUGGUCCUGAGCUCUCAUGUCACUGGCAACGUCAAGCUAGGUGAGAGCCCGGCUCUCCCAUUGGUAUGCAGCGACCAUUUCCCUUCAAGUCUCAAAAGUGGAAACACUUAAAAGGAUUACAAGCGUGAUUUGGUGGCCUUACUGAAAGUUGGUGGCCUGAGGAAGAAAAACUGCAAGGCUACGGCACGAUGGAUACAAUUCAGCCUCCCAGAGAGUUUGCACCUCCCGCUGGGCAGCCCCUCGGAGCAAAUCUCGGAGAUCUAGAGCGCUCUGCAUGGAUAGUUUUGUAAUCAACUACGGACGAUGAAACCUUCCAUAGCUGAGAUGCUUCACAGAGGAAGGAUGUUGUGGAUAAUUCUUCUAAGCACAAUUGCUCUAGGAUGGACUACCCCAAUUCCCCUGAUAGAGGACUCAGAGGAAAUAGAUGAGCCCUGUUUUGAUCCAUGCUACUGUGAAGUUAAAGAAAGCCUCUUUCAUAUACAUUGUGACAGUAAAGGAUUUACAAAUAUUAGUCAGAUUACUGAGUUCUGGUCAAGACCUUUUAAACUGUAUCUGCAAAGGAAUUCAAUGAGGAAAUUGUACACCAACAGUUUUCUUCAUUUGAACAACGCUGUGUCCAUUAACCUUGGGAACAAUGCAUUGCAGGACAUUCAAUCAGGAGCUUUCAAUGGUCUUAAGAUUUUAAAGAGGUUAUAUCUACAUGAAAACAAACUAGAUAUCUUCAGAAAUGACACCUUCCUUGGCUUGGAGAGUCUGGAAUACCUGCAGGCAGAUUACAAUGUCAUUAAACGUAUUGAGAGUGGGACAUUUCGGAACCUAAGUAAAUUGAGGGUUCUGAUUUUAAAUGAUAAUCUCAUCCCCAUGCUUCCAACCAAUUUAUUUAAGGCUGUCUCCUUAACCCAUCUGGACCUACGUGGAAACAGGUUAAAGGUUCUUUUUUACCGGGGAAUGCUAGACCACAUUGGCAGAAGCCUGAUGGAGCUCCAGCUGGAAGAAAAUCCUUGGAACUGUACAUGUGAGAUAGUGCAACUGAAGAGUUGGCUGGAACGCAUUCCUUACACCGCCCUGGUGGGAGACAUCACCUGUGAGACCCCUUUCCACUUCCAUGGAAAGGACCUGCGAGAAAUCAGGAAGACAGAACUCUGUCCCCUGUUGUCUGACUCUGAGGUGGAGGCUAGUUUGGGGAUUCCCCACUUGUCAUCAAGCAAGGAGAAUGCAUGGCCAACUAAGCCUUCCUCAAUGUUGUCUUCUGUCCAUUUUACUGCUUCUUCUGUUGAAUAUAAGUCCUCAAAUAAACAGCCCAAGCCCACCAAACAGCCCCGAACACCAAGGCCACCCUCCACAUCCCAAGCUUUAUAUCCUGGUCCAAACCAACCUCCGAUUGCUCCCUACCAGACCAGACCACCCAUUCCCAUUAUAUGUCCCACUGGGUGUACCUGUAAUUUGCACAUCAACGACCUUGGUUUGACUGUCAACUGCAAAGAGCGAGGAUUUAAUAACAUUUCUGAACUUCUUCCAAGGCCACUGAAUGCCAAGAAACUUUACCUGAGUAGCAAUCUGAUUCAGAAAAUAUACCGUUCUGAUUUUUGGAAUUUCUCCUCCCUGGAUCUCUUGCAUCUGGGAAACAAUCGUAUUUCUUAUGUCCAGGAUGGAGCUUUCAUCAACCUGCCCAACCUAAAGAGCCUCUUUCUCAAUGGCAACGAUAUCGAGAAGCUGACACCAGGCAUGUUCCGAGGCCUACAGAGUUUGCACUACUUGUACUUUGAGUUCAAUGUCAUCCGAGAAAUCCAGCCUGCAGCCUUCAGCCUCAUGCCCAACUUGAAGCUGCUAUUCCUCAACAAUAAUUUGCUGAGGACCCUACCAACAGACGCCUUUGCAGGCACAUCCCUGGCCCGGCUCAACCUGAGAAAGAACUACUUCCUCUACCUUCCUGUGGCUGGUGUCCUAGAACACUUAAAUGCCAUUGUCCAGAUAGACCUCAAUGAGAAUCCUUGGGACUGUACCUGUGACCUGGUCCCCUUCAAACAGUGGAUUGAAACCAUCAGCUCAGUCAGUGUGGUGGGUGAUGUGCUUUGCAGGAGCCCUGAGAACCUCACCCACCGUGAUGUGCGCACGAUUGAGCUGGAAGUUCUCUGCCCAGAGAUGCUGCACAUCCCACCAGCUGGAGCAUCCCCAGCCCAGCCUGGAGAUUCUCACCUUGCUGGGGGGCCAACAAGUGCAUCACCUUAUGAGUUCUCGCCCCCUGGAGGCCCCGUGCCACUUUCUGUGUUGAUUCUCAGCCUGCUGGUUCUUUUUUUUUCUGCAGUCUUUGUUUCUGCAGGCCUCUUUGCCUAUGUGCUCCGACGGCGCCGGAAGAAGCUGCCCUUUAGAAGCAAGAGGCAAGAAGGUGUGGACCUUACUGGCAUCCAGAUGCAGUGCCACCGGCUUUUUGAGGAUGGUGGCGGUGGUGGAGGUGGAAGUGGAGGUGGGGGCAGACCAACUCUUUCCUCCCCAGAGAAGGCUCCUCCUGUGGGCCACGUGUAUGAGUACAUCCCCCACCCAGUUACCCAGAUGUGCAACAACCCCAUCUAUAAGCCUCGUGAGGAGGAGGAGGUGGCUGUUUCAUCGGUCCAGGAGGCAGGGAGCACAGAACGAGGGGGUCCUGGGACACAACAACCAGGAAUAGGUGAGGUUCUCCUAGGAAGUGAGCAGUUUGCUGAGACACCCAAGGAGAACCACAGCAACUACCGGACCUUGCUGGAAAAAGAAAAAGAGUGGGCCCUGGCAGUGUCCAGCUCCCAGCUCAACACCAUAGUGACGGUGAAUCACCAUCACCCUCACCCUCACCACCCAGCAGUUGGUGGGGUUUCAGGGGUAGUUGCGGGAACUGGGGGAGACCUGGCUGGGUUCCGCCACCAUGAGAAGAACGGUGGGGUGGUGCUGUUUCCUCCUGGGGGAGACUGUGGUGGUGGCAAUAUGCUACUAGACCGAGAGAGGCCACAGCCAGCUCCCUGCACAGUGGGAUUCGUGGAUUGUCUCUAUGGCACUGUGCCCAAAUUAAAGGAACUGCACGUCCACCCUCCUGGCAUGCAAUACCCAGACUUACAGCAGGAGGCCAGGCUCAAAGAAACCCUUCUCUUCUCGGCUGGACAGGGCUUCACAGACCACCAAACCCAAAAACGUGAUUACCUCGAGUUAAGGGCCAAACUUCAAACCAAGCCGGAUUACCUCGAAGUCCUGGAGAAGACAACAUAUAGGUUCUAACCGUAAAAGAAAAAUAAAUUAGUGCUUUUUUUUUUUUUCCCAAAAGAAAAGGAAAAUAAAAGAAAUAUAUCCCUUGCUCCCUUUACACUUGUCCCAAUAACUCCAUUCUCACAAACUUCCCUGCCCUGAACAGAACUGAAAUCGCAUGAUAACUAGAAAAUACAGAUGUAUGCUCUCCCCUCUCAGAUGUGAUUUGGAGGAAGGGCCAUACUCAGAUCAUUAAUCAAUGAAGUGCCUUCGCAGACUUCUGCCAGCAAAUGUUAUCAUUAUUUUUUAUACUGAAACUUGAGACUUUGACUGUGCCAUGUAUAAGGUAUAUUGGGGAUCGUUGUAUUGAUCCUAAUUAAGUAAAAUUCGAUGUGUCUUUUUAUUUUCAGUAUUUUUUUUUUUUUAGUUGUAGUUUUGUUUGAUGGGGUGGGAGGGAACAAAUUGACAUUUGUGACUUUCUUUCCUCCUCCCAUCAUGGCACAGAUUCUGUACAUGUAUUAACAAUGCAGUUUGCUGCAUGCCUGGAAACUGCAAGACGGGGAGGGAGGGGGCGGGUCUUGCUCGAAUGUUCUCACCCACUCUUUUUUCUGUCACACACAUACCCCCAUGCAAAUCACAAAUCCCUGCACACAGUUAGGUCCCUAAACCUGCAGCCUCUUCCUUCUGGUGCAGGCGCGCACACACACACACACACACACAAAUGUACACAUGUGUGCGUGCAUGCGCACACAAACACACGCACCCCAUUCCUUUUCAACCCAAUCUAAUUAUUUUGGGUUUGAUCUAUUCCUCUACUCUUCAUAGCUUCAUCUUCCCUUCACUCCUAGUGUACAGCUCUCUCCUACCACCCUGGGAAAAGUCAUAUUCUAGGUUGGAUCCUACUGAAGUGGAAGCCUGGUGGUUUAACAGCUGGAAGCAUACCUAGGGAUGAGCACCCUCUUUGUGACACUUCAUCCUGAUGCCAAGAUUUUUUGGAGAACAUCUGCACUUUCUUAUACAUAUAUAUAUAUAUAUAAUAUUAAAAAAUAAAAAAGCAACUGGGUAUAUAUCACUAACAGCUUUGUAGGAAGCACUUUUAAUGUUUUCUCUCUCACACACAAAGAUUCAAAAGAAAUGUGCAUAUAUUUAUUCUGUAAUUUCAGUGAUUAUAAAUUGUAAAGGUAAUGUUUAAUCAUUGUAUAGUGAUUAUGCGUCUGGUAUAGCUUUCCUAAUAAAAAGUUUUUGAAAAACAUAA